ACUGGUGCGGUUUCACAAGCCACUUAAUUUUCCGAGUUAACCGUCGAUUCCACAAUGCAUUUUCCUCCACUUUCUCAGCAACCAAACAGGAACUGAUUUUGCGCGCGGGGUAUCCGGUCAAUCUGGAGAACUCUUCUUUGUCAUGAACCGCUUGUCGCCACUGUCAUCUUACACUGCUGCCAUAAUCGGAAGGACCUCUCGAUUCGUCGCGAACUGCUCUCUGCACCGAUGUUCUUCCACUUGCUCUUUUCCGAGAAAAUCAGAGAAUCGUGGUGUUAGGUCUUUCCAUUCAGAAUUCGUGCUUACUCAGUUUCGUGUUCGGUGCUAUUCGACCAAAAAAGCGCGCAACAGUGGUUCUUCUCGGUUGAAGAAGGUGGAUACUGAAGCGGUGAUGGAGCAGGAGAAGGAUGCUUUCUUUGUGGUGAGGAAAGGGGACGUUGUUGGAAUCUACAAUAAUCUCAGUGAUUCCCAGGCUCAAGUUGGAUCUUCUGUAUGUGAUCCUCCUGUUAGUGUAUACAAGGGAUAUUCGUUGUCGAAGGACACUGAGGAGUAUCUUGUCUCGCACGGAUUAAAGAAUGCUUUAUACACAAUUAGAGCUGCUGAUUUAAAAGAGGAUUUGUUUGGCAUGCUUGUUCCUUGCCCUUUCCAGGAUCCUUCUUCUACCCAAGGGGGCACAUCAAAUAAGGAUGUAUCUAAAAAGAGAUCUCUGCGAGUGCUUGGAGAAGAUAAUGUGAAUAUAACUAGUCUGACAUCCAUCUCUGAAGAUCCCUUGAGAAAGCAAGUCAAGCUAGCCCAAGCACCUUCACUUGAUACUCGGACUUGUAUUCUUGAGUUUGAUGGUGCAUCAAAAGGAAAUCCUGGAAAAGCUGGUGCUGGGGCUAUUCUACGAGCUAAUGAUGGACGUUUGAUUUGUAGGUUGCGUGAAGGUGCGGGUAUUGCAACAUGCAAUGCUGCUGAAUAUCGUGCAAUGAUAUUGGGAAUGAAAUAUGCUCUUAAAAAGGGAUUUACUGGUAUUCAUAUCCAAGGUGACUCCAAACUUGUUUGCAUGCAGAUUGAUGGUUCAUGGAAGGUCAAGAACGAGAACUUAUCUACAUUGUAUAAGGUGGCAAAAGAACUCAAGGAUAAUUUUUUGUCAUUCCAUAUCAGUCAUGUUCUUAGGAACUUCAACUCCGAGGCUGAUGCUCAAGCAAAUUUGGCCAUCAAUCUUGCUGAUGGCCAAGUCCAGGAAGAGUGUGUAGAUUAAUUCGUUCUUGGCAGCUGCUGGUUAUAUUUUAGGUUUGUAGCAGAAUACAUCUGCAAUUUACGGACCAAGUUUCAGUGUUCUUUCAUUUAUUGUCAACCCAAUUAUUUAACAAUCAAACCCAAGAAUGAAUUAUUUUGAAUUAGUCCUCUAUCGCUUGUCAUCAAAGUUAUCAAACAGCAAU